CGGGCUUAAUCCGGGAAUAAAGCUGGAGCUGCGCGCGCGUGACAGAGAGAGGUCUCCGCAUCCCAUAAAUCAGACUUCACAAGAUGCAGUGAAGAGGACGCGUUUAUUUGACUCCACGUUCACAAACAGCCAUGGGUCUGCAGACUGUGUUCCGCGCGGUGAUCAUGGGGGCCCCGGGCUCGGGGAAGGGGACCGUGUCCGGCCGGAUAGCGCAGAGUUUCGCGCUCAAGCAUCUCUCCAGCGGAGACCUGCUGCGGGCCAACAUCGAGGCCAAGACGGAUCUGGGUCUCCUGAUGAAGUCGUGCAUCGAUCAGGGUCAGCUGGUUCCCGAUGACGUCAUCUCCCGUCUCAUCCUGUCCAGUCUGAGGGGUCUGGAGCAGAGCGGCUGGCUGCUGGACGGGUUUCCUCGUACCGUGGCUCAGGCCGAAGCCCUGGACAGCGUGUACGAUGUGGACUCCGUCAUAAACCUGGACGUGCCUUUCCGGACGAUCCGCGAGCGCCUGACCUCUCGCUGGGUGCACCUUCCCAGCGGCAGGGUCUACAACACGGACUUCAACCCGCCUAAGAAACCAGGUUUCGAUGACGUCACAGGAGAAGCGCUGGUCCAGAGAGAUGAUGACAGCCCUGAAACGGUGUCCAGGAGACUGAAGGACUACGAGAGACAGACACAGCCGGUUCUGGAGUACUACAGGAGUAAAGGAGCGUUGGAGACCUUCUCAGGAACCGAAACCAACAAGAUAUGGCCUCACGUUCAUGCCUUCCUGAGCAGGAAAAUCCCAGGAAAGCAGCAGGUUAUGGGAAAAGCGUGAUUGCACAACAGCCUUGAGGACUUUCACCACAGCUGAAGUACACUGUCGGACUCGAGCACAAUGCACCUCUGUAGCCUUAAGCGGUCUGCUGUAUUCGUCCAAGCCUUUGGUGUCACCAUCUGGUUUUAUGCCUUUGAAAGAAAGUUAGUGCCAAACUAGGUUUGUGGUUGAACUAGUCUAUUACUGAGCUCCAGCGCUGUCAGCUUAAGGAAGUAAACCCAGCUUAGAGAGUUAGAAGUAGGCGUGCUAAGAUUAAUAGUUGACUCCAAAGUUAAUAAUUCUUAAAUUUCCAGUUUGGAAAGCGCCCAACCCAUUUUUUUUUUUCUUUUCUUUUAACCGAAGUGGCUGCAAAGUGUGAACACGGCAGCUCUAACACAUUCCAGUUUAUUGUCCAUAAUGGCAUUUUAAUGCGCAUACUAGAUUCAUUUUAACAUUUCGCAAAUUAAUGCAUAGCAAAGUUACAAUUCCAGCCUGAUUUUUGAAUGUUCUGACAUUUUUUUGUACGAAACCACCAUGGCCUUAACUAGCAAAAAACUAAUGAUCAGUCUAAUGACUGUGUGGUGAUUUUUCUACUGCAGAUCAUACGAAUGUUGAUAUUUUUGCAAAUGCAAAAUAAUGUAUUUUUAAUUAAAAAAGAGUUUGCACAAUAAAUAAUAAAGGGAAAGAAAAUCUAUAAUGUGAUCAAAAUUCAUAAAA